AUAUUAGAACAAGUCCCUCCCAGGUACACAUGCAUAAAGCCUGACUUAAGUCCUGCUCUUAUUGUUUCCAUUCUCACUCUUGUCAAAUUAGCCAUCCAGAAUGGCACCCCUAUUCAGCAAGCGACCUGAACCUACGCAUAAUACAUCCGGCAGCACUGUACAGCCCUCGCAACAACCCAAAAUACAGCCUCAGCCUAGUCGCAGUAACGAACUGAAACGCCCUACAACGACUGCGAUGAGCACCCGUCCCGAACCACCAAAACGAGUCAGAAGAGACGCUGCUCUGGAAUCUAUGCCGCUCGCUGCCAAAGUGAGACCAGUGUCCUUAUCCGAGUUUGUCGGGCAAGAAGAACUUCUUGGCGAUAAAGGGGUUUUACGAGCGCUUAUGCAGUCAGAUCGGAUUCCGUCUAUGAUUCUUUGGGGUCCACCUGGCUGUGGUAAAACCACAGUGGCAAGGAUAAUUUCGAAAACGACAAAAUCUCGGUUUAUUGAGCUCAGCGCUACCAGCCAUGGAGCCGCAGAUGUGAAAAAAGCAUUUGAAGAAGCACGCGGUCACUUAUCUUUAACGGGACAAAAAACUAUCAUCUUCAUAGACGAGAUUCACAGAUUUACAAAAGCACAACAAGAUCUGUUUCUUCCAUACGUUGAGCAAGGCACCAUCCAUCUAAUUGGUGCUACUACAGAAAAUCCGAGUUUUAAAGUCAAUUCUGCCUUGUUAUCACGGUGUCGUGUCUUUGUGUUAAAACGGUUGAGUGAAGAGCAUCUGACCGGCAUCUUGUCGAGAGCGGUACAACACUGGCGAAGUGAUGGGAAUAUUGAAGCAAGAGAUGGAAACGACGCGAUAGACGAAGAAGAGCCAAAGGCAUUAUCCAUGUUAGCAGUAUACAGCGAUGGUGAUGCACGAAAUGCAUUGAAUACGCUCGAAAUUGCGUUGAGUAUAUUGCCUUCGAAAUCGACGCCACUCCAGGUAGAAACAGUUAAAGGUGCAUUUCAAAAAUCACAUUUGUUAUACGAUCGAAACGGUGAGGAACACUAUAAUAUAAUUAGUGCAUUACAUAAAAGUAUUCGUGGAAGCGAUGCAGAUGCAGCUUUAUACUGGUUAGCGCGGAUGCUGGAAGCUGGUGAAGAUCCCCUUUACGUCGCUCGACGGCUGGUACGAUGUGCAAGUGAAGAUAUUGGAUUAGCAGACAACGCAGCAUUACCAUUGGCUGUUUCAGCAUAUCAAGCAUGCGAAAAAAUCGGAAUGCCAGAAUGCGAUACUAUUUUGGCGCAUCUGGUGACUUAUUUAGCAGAAACGAAAAAGAGUGUUAGGACUUACAAAGCAUACAACAUGGCAAAAGCGACUGUUCGACAACAGCCAAACUAUCCAGUUCCUUUACAUAUCCGUAAUGCACCAACUAAGCUAAUGAAGGAUAUUGGGUAUGGGGAUGGAUACAAAUACAAUCCUGAUUACGAUGAGCCAGUAGACCAAUUCUACAUGCCGGAUGAAUUGAGUGAUGCAAAGUUUCUCGAUGCACAAUAAAAUGAGGAAAGCAUCUUAUUUGCGGCGAUGUUCUUCAGCAAUCCGCUUCAACUCUUGUACGCGUUGAUGGAUCAUUUCUACUGCUGCUGUCCACACUUCUAACUCCUUUUGCUCUCCAGAAACAGAUUCCCGGAAAGGAAUACUUCUUGUCGCAUUCAUGGCAAUACUGCCACUUUUUCGUAGAUAGUGUGUGUUGCUUCGCAAGGACAGUUGGAUAUCGUUAACAAGUGUGAAGUAUCGUGCUGCUAAUUCUCGAAAUGCAACAACCUCGUUUCGAACAACCUGAUCGGCAUCCUGAUCUUGAGGCGAAUCGUCGCAAAGUAUAGCCAUAGCGUCGCCAGCGCUUUCAACCAAAAGCACUAGUUUCU